AUGGAGCCGAUCAACCGGACUGAUGGCGUCUGUUUCACCACAGUAGAAGAUGAAGAAUCUGGAGGAUGUGCAAUUGCCUCAGGAUGCCUAUGCUUCAAAGGCUUAGACAUCCAAUGCCGGGAUAUGCUCAUAAUACAUGAGAGAAGAACUCUUGCUAUUGCGUGCUGCAGAGACAAAGAUUUCUGCAGUGAAAACCUUCACCCAACACUGCCACCACUGAGAAAUAUAGAGGCCGGUGAGGGACCGGUUCAUCGUAGGGCCUUGCUGAUCUCAGUGACCGUUUGCAGUAUACUCCUGGUACUUCAGGUAAUUUCAACUUUCUCGUACUUUGGGUACAAAAGGCAAGCAACCAGAUCUCGUUACAGCAUUGGACUUGAACAGGAUGAGACUUACUUUACUCCAGGGGAAAACCUGAAAGACUCAAUUGAACGGUCUCAGAACACAGGAAGUGGAUCUAGUUUCCCUCUGGUCCAAAGGACUAUAGCAAGGCAGAUUGAGAUGGUGAAACAGACAGGUAAAGGUCGCUAUGGAGAAGUUUGGAUGGGAAAGUUGCAUGGAGAAAAGGUAGCUGUAAAAGUGUUCUUCACCACUGAGGAGGCCAGCUGGUUGAGAGAGACCGAAAUCUACCAGACUGUCCUGUUGAUGCAUGAAAACAUUUUGGGGUUCAUUGUUGCGGACAUUAAAUGUACGGGGUCUUUGACCGAACUGUAUCUUAUCACAGACUACCAUGAGCAUGGCUCCCUGUAUGAUUAUCUGCAAUCCACUCCCUUGGAUCCAAAAGCCAUGCUAAACCUGGCCUAUUCCUCUGCUAGAGGCUUGUGCCACUUGCACACGGAGAUCUUCGGGACUCAAGUCAAGCCAGCUAUUGCCCACCGGGAUCUGAAAAGUAAGAACAUCCUAGUGAAAAAGGAUGGAACCUGCUGUAUAGCAGACCUGAGCCUGGCAGUUAAAUGGUUUAGUGAUAAAAAUGGGGUGGACGUACCACCUGAAACCCUGGUAGGAACAAAGCGCUAUAUGCCUCCUGAGGUGCUGGAUAAAAGCUUGAAUAGGAAUCACUUCCAGUCAUAUCUCAUGGCUGAUAUGUACAGUUUUGGACUCAUUCUUUGGGAGGUAGCAAGGAGAUGUGUGUCAGAAGGAAUAGUUGAAGAAUACCAGCUUCCAUACCAUGAUCUUGUGCCCACCGACCCUUCCUGCAAGGACAUGUGGGAGAUCGUGUGCAGCAAGAAGCUCCGUCCCUCAUUACCCAGUAGAUGGAGCACUGACGAGUGCCUGAGACAAAUGGAAAAACUCAUAACAGAGUGUUGGGUUCACAACCCUGCUUCUCGGCUCACAGCCCUGCGAGUAAAGAAAACACUUGCCCAAAUGUCAGAGUCACGGGCCAUUACAAUAUGA